AUGAGUCUAGAAGUUGACUAUCGACAAGAAUACGAUGCACUACAGCGUGCUUUGGCUGAGCAAGUUGUUGGUACCAGUCUGUGCAGCGACUGCCAGGCUGCAAAAAUACUAGAGCGAUUGAAGCCAUUUGAAUCUUCUGCUGAACCCCCUCAUCCCACCAGAAUUCUCCGGUUCAACUCCAUGACGGAUCUCGCCCUUAGGAGUAGUUGUCCUUUCUGCCGAUUUCUGUGGAGGGUCAUUCGUGACGGAAACAAGAACUGCUGCGCCAGUUGCCAGGCGGGCAUCCAAAUCCCCCAGGAUGGACAACCAAUGACCAGCAAUCCAGAAUCAACCCCAAAAGGACUUCGGAUUUGGCUCUCGCUGCGGCAGCAGGAGGAUUUGGGCUGGAUCGAAACACGAAUCAAUGGUCAGAAAGUCAGUCGUCACAUCGCCUUUGGCGGAAUUCAAUCCGUUCACCCUAAGUAUGCAGAUUGCCAGCGGAUCAAAACAUGGUUGGAAACGUGCCGUGAGAAACAUCGAUCUUGUAACGAGCAGCAAUUACUCUCCAGUCACGGCUUGAAUGGGCACUCAAGGUCAUGUCUAAGAUUGAUUGAUGUCGAGUCUCGCCUGAUUGUGCAAACGCUGCAUUGCGUACCCUUCAUCACUCUCUCCUAUGUCUGGGGAGACGCGGCCUCACGUACCUUUGAGGAAAAAGCGCUGGGAUCCGAGUCGUAUCAUGUGAGCGACGACGUAUCUCCAAUGGAUAGCCAGCCAAUUGCUCUUCUCGAAGGAAGGCUUCCUCAAACUUUCGAAGACGCUAUCGGUUUCACGAAGCGUCUAGGAGAGCGAUACAUCUGGAUUGACGCUUUAUGCAUUCCCCAAGACGAACCUGACAUCAAAGCACAGCAAAUCUCACAGAUGGACCAGAUCUACUCCAGCAGUAUCUGCACCAUAGUAUCGCUCGAGUCAGGUGUCGACGGAGGACUACCAGGAUCCAGUUACAAAUCGCCCAGAAAUGUCGACCAAUAUUUCGAACAGUUACCUGGAGGCUUGAAAAUAAGUACCUCGUUGAUGAGCCUCAGGCUGAUCAUGGAAAGUUCUCCCUGGGAAACGCGAGCUUGGACGAUGCAAGAAUAUUUGCUUUCCAGAAGAAUAUUGUUGUUCGGCAAGCAACAGGUCUUUUUUGUUUGCGGCGAGAUGACCACGAAAGAAAGUUGGGCCCGACCGCAUACUAAGGCAAACGACCUUGAUGAUGACCCCGAAGGUCAUGAUGAAUGGGCAGAGUAUGAUCUCCCACUGCCGAUAGCAACCCAACGACACAGUUUGAGGCAUACAUACCAGAGUUGUGCCACUCUUUACUCUCAUCGCAACCUUACCUUUCCUAGCGACCGCUUCCGGGCUUUUGAGGGCUUACAAGCUCGGCUGUCUAAACUACACCAGGUCGAGUUUAUCCAUGCUAUGCCCAUCGAUGAAGAGAACUUCCUUAAAGCGCUGCUCUGGAGGCACGAAUCCACGAAUCCUACUCUGAUGAGCGACUUGAAUUCUCCUUCAUCGACUCUCGGGCAAUGGCCACACUGGACCUGGCUCAGUUAUCCUGGAGGAGUCGCCUACAAUCCAUUUUUGUACUGGACUCAUCGUCGAAGCUAUGCCAAGGACCUCGAGCUUCCUAACCCCAAGGCAUGGUAUCAAGGACCAAAUGGGAAGUUCUACUCAUUAACGAGUACGCCGACGUUGGGCAGUGGCGAUGGAAGUUCCCCUUCAAACUCAGUUGCUGAUAUGGCAAGCGUACGAGUGAUUAAAUUAUCUGGACUGGCCUUGGACAUUGAUAUUACGCAGUGGCGACGUCAAGUAAUAGAUCCAUCAAUUGAGGUGUGGCGCAACCAUGAUUUCUCCACCGCUCGGGGCUCAAUCACCUUUCAUAUAGGAAUGGUGUUUGAUGUUCAGCAAGACGGUAAGCAUAACCUCCCAGAAGGUACUCGAUACAUUCGCCUUCUGCGCCUUAACGCAAGGGAUCGACCAAAGAUACCCCGGGCUUUAGUCCAGAAUAGGCCACAUCAGGUCCUCAAGCCCAAUUCAAAUACAAAUGAAAGCGGGUCAAGUGAAGAGACUCAAUUCUCGUCUGCGAUAGACUGGAUCAGCCGCAGUGAUGGCCCGGGUGAGAUGGAGACGGACUCUGCUCUUCUUGUUUUGGGGAUUACGCCCCCUGAGAUUGUCACCAGAAGGCUUGGUAUUGCAUACGUUAGAAUGAUGGACUUCCUGGUUGCCGGUGCUGUAGUAAAGGAAGUACUUUUGGGAGACUAG